CUAUACGGCCGACCUGGAGCCCGCAGUUUGUGACCUCAUUCGAGAGUACGACGACGUUUUCCCAUCGUUGUUCUCGUACGCCGACAUCCCACCGAUGCGCGACGUCGAGCACUCCAUCCAGCUUGUGCUUGACUAUCGUGUUCACCACGAGGCACCCUACAGACUCUCGAUCCCCGAGGCCACCGAACUUAAGCGUCGGCUUGAGGAGCUUAUGAGACUGGGUUUCAUUAAACCCAUCAACUCCCCGUGGGGUGCACCCGUCCUCUUUGCUCACAAAGCGGAUGGAACUCUCCAUCGCUGCAUCGACUAUCGCGGUCUCAACCGCUACACGGUUAAGAACAGCUACCCCAUACCUCGUUCCGACGAGUUGUUCGACCGCCUAACAGGCAACCGUUUCUUUACAAAGAUUGAUCUUCAUAGCGGUUACCAUCAAAUCCGCGUUGCUGCAGCGGACCAGCCGAAGACAGUGUUCCAAUCGUGCUUCGGCCACUAUGAGUUUACGGUGAUGCCAUUCGGCCUCACCAAUGCACCCGCUACCUUCCAGAGGGCGAUGAACGACAUCUUCAGGGACAUCCUGGAGCAAUACGUUCUCGUUUACCUCGACAAUAUUCUGAUCUACAAUUGUACCCUUGAGGAGCAUCUCAGACACCUCCGCGACGUCCUUGACCGCUUGCGCAGACAUGGCUUCUACGCCAAGCUGAGCAAGUGCCGCUUUGCCCAACACAAAGUGGAUUUGUUAGGACACUACGUGUCUGACCAGGGUCUCCACAUGAACGACGCGAAGAUCACUACUAUUGCGGAGACGUGCAUUGACUAUAGGGGUCUGAACAAGAUCACUAGGAAGAGCUCUGAGCCCUUGCCUAGGAUCGAUGAUUUGCUGGACAUGGUGCAAGGUUGCAAAGUCUUUAGCAAAAUUGAUCUGAAAUCCGGGCAUCAUCAAAUCGAAAUGGCUGAUGUCUACAAGACAACCUUUAAAACCCGCACCUAUGAGUUCCUGGUCAUGCCUUUUGGUCUGUGCAAUGCACCAGGAACAUUCCAGACUGAGAAGAAUCGCAUUUUCAGACUUUUCCUUGACCGCUUUGUAGUGGUGUACCUGGAUGGCAUUCUGGUAUACAGCAAAGAUGCCAAGGAGCAUGCAGACCACCUCAGGACGGUUUUGCAGUCUGUUGCAAUCCGUACUGGCGAGGAUGACUCUGCGUCCAAGGCAGCUACAGCUCAGACUACAGAAACAAAGAUUGACAUCGGUGGCAGGCAUCUCGGAGAAUAUGAGUACUAUGACAAGGAGUAUGAUGACAAGAACUACGGUGACAAGAAGUACGGCAUGAAGAUGCACAACACGAAGAAUGAUGAGAAGGAAUAUGAGAAGAAAUACAGCAACAAGUACGAUGACCAGAAGUACGACGAGAAGUAUGACAAUACGUAUGAUGGGAAGAAGUACGCCAUGAAGAAGUACGACGAGAAGUACAACAAUAAGUAUGAUGACAAGAAGUAUGGCAUGAAGAAGUACGAUGACAAGAAAUAUGAGAUGAAGUAUGAUGAGAAGAACUAUGACAAGAUGGACAAGAGUAACUAUGACAGUAAAUACGGUGACAACAAAUGCAGUGACCACAAGUAUGGCAUGAAGAAUGACAAAAACUACGAGGAGAAGCAUGGCAAGGAGUACGGGCAGAAGUACGACAACAGGUAUGACAAUAGGUAUGACAAUAGGUAUGACAACAAGAACGACAAUAAGUACAACAAGGAGUAUGACAAUAAGUACGAGAACUACGACCUGAAGUACAACAAUAAGUAUGACAACAAGUUGGACAACAAGUACUGCAACAAGUUGGACAACAAGUACGACAACAAGUACGACAACAAGUACGACAACAAGUACGGCAACAAGUACGACAACAAGUACGACAACAAGUAUGAGAACUAUGGCAUGAAGUACGACUAUAAGUACGACUAUAAGUACGAGUCUAAGUACGAAAACAAGUGCGACAACGAGUGCGACAACAAGUGCGACAACAAGUACGAGAACUAUGGAAUGAAGUACGACAAUAAGUACGACAAUAAGAAUGACAAUAAGUACGACUAUAAGUAUGACUAUAAGUAUGACAAUAAGUACGACAGUAAGUAUGACAAUGAGUAUGACAAUACGUAUGAUGACAAGAAGUAUGGCAUGAGGUAUCAUGAGAAGAAGUAUGACGACAAGUACGAUGAGAAAAUCAGGUGGAUAAGCGAGUUCCUUACCGUUGGCGUCAAUGCCAGUGCGGGCUUGCAGAUGAAUGUCACAAUGCUCCAACAAAGCAUGACGCUCAAAGGCAACAAGGUGCAGCGUCCAAGAGCGGAAAGGCGGCUGCGAAGGGAAGCUAGGGAGAGGGCGGCAUUGCGGAGGACAAGGGACGCUGAGGCCAGCGCCAGGGCUAGGAGAAUAGCUAGCACAGUCCCAUCGCCAGGACACGCCCAAGUGAGCGUGCAGCAACCUGUCUCAGUGGCUAUGCAGCCACUGCAGCGAUCACCUGGGCAGAUCCAGCCUAUGCAGUGGAUGUUGAGUCCUAAGCCCUUCUCUGUCGACAGGAAGAAGGACGGGGACCUGGAUACCUGGGUGAGGACUGUGCCUACUUAUGUGAGGCACAAGCUCACAAGGCCAGAGCAGGAGGUUAUAGUUGCUGCCUCCUUUUUAGAGGGAUCGGCCACACGUUGGUUAAACGGGGUAGUGCAGCAGCAGGGUUAUGGUCAGAACUUCGACGACUCGACUCAGGCCCAGACAUUGGAAGAGUUUGUGCGGAGUGUGUACAACAGGUGGCAUGAUCCCCAAGGGGCUCAGAAGGUCACCGACGAGAUUAACAAUCUUUGUGCCAAAAGGUACAAGAAUGCACACGAAGUCAUAGACACCGUAGAACGUCUGAUCGUAGUACCUGGUGUGUGUGUUGACCCACAAGUACUCCUCACAGACUACUUGAGAUGUCUACCCUCAGAAGUUGGAACUAAGCUGGUGGAUGAGGCAUACAUAGACAGACAUAGCUUUGCUACUUUUAGCAAGAAAGCCUUGGAUAUAGAGGCAAAGCUUGGGUCCGCGCAUCAAAGUCGGGGAGAUGGUAGGAGGAAGAAACUUCCCCAAGACUGGAAGAAGAAGGGUCAGUUAAUGUUCGUCGAUCAUGAUGGCCAGGCGACAAAAAUUGACGACUUCCCAGACCUUGCGGACGAGACAGAGCAUGAUUGGGCCAGCGAGACUUUGGAUGGCGGGGUUGUGGCUCCUAUCAAAGAAAAAGCUAGGGGGACCGGGAAGAAGAAGGUAGUCUGGUCUACGGGUCAGGCGACCAAGGAACACCCGAAUGGGUAAAACUUGGUUUAGAUUAUGAGGCGCAACAAGCAAUCGAAGAGCUAAUCAGGACCAAAACCCAGGAAGCAUGGAAGUCCAUGAAAUUUGAUUUCCUUGAGGAGAAAGACCCCCCCACCAAGGAAGUCAUUCGAGACUCCUACAUGCAAAUUUGGCAGGACCCUAACAAAUUGUUCUCGGAACU